AUGAAGAACCUUUCCCUUGCAACUCUUCUCCUCUCCCUCUCCGGCUCCCUCACAGCAGCCUGGAAUGUCACCGCAUACAGCAACACUGACUGCACCGGCUACCUGACUUCCAUCGCAGGGGAGCAGAACUGGGGCUGCUACUGGCUCACCGGCGUCACCGAGACCAUUCAAGCGAUGAGUGUCGAGGACCUUCCGGAUGGAUGGAGGUUCAUCGCAUCGAGUGGCACGGCCUGCGAUACCUUUCAUCAGGCCGGAGGGGACGGUUGCUACACCCAGGGCCAGGGAUUUCAGUCGUUUGAGAUUAUUGGAUCGAGCAGCUGA